AUAAAACUUAUUCUAAAGGAUCUGAAAAUUGAAGACCUGGUCGGAAACUUGAAUGAUGCUAGCUUAACCAUGUGGCUCCUCACAUCAUUGUAGCAGCCAACUUCUAACGAGCACAUUGACUUGCAAAGAAUGCACGUUCUCUGAUAUAUUGGUGCGGGGAGGAGCAGAGUCAUGGUGUAACAUCUCUUUAGCAAGGAAAAUCAAAGUCAGGAGGAGGAAGGCCACGCUCCUUGAUCUUGAUGAGUACAUGGGACUGCUUCUUUCUGCUAUUUUCAUGUGCUGCCCUCUUUCUUCGAGUAGGAGGAGCACAAGAAGGUUUCAUAAGUCUGGACUGUGGCGCCCCAAAUGGGACAAGCUACAAAAGCGAUAUUGGUUUGUUUUACACCUCCGACAGUUCAUACAUUUCCAGUGGAGUUGCGAAACAAAUCUCUUCAGACUAUUUGACUAGCAGUGUUGCUCGGAUCUACCAAACAGUAAGAAGCUUCCCGCAAUACACAAGGAACUGUUACAGUUUGGGCCGCUUGACUUCCGGCUCGAGAUAUAUAAUCCGAGCUUCCUUCAUGUAUGGGAACUACGACGGGUUGAGGUUGGCUCCAAAUUUCGACCUCUACAUGGGGCUGGACCUCUGGAACACGAUUCAGUUGGAUAAUGAAACUCAUGUUUUACGAACUGAGAUCAUCAAGAUUGCAACUUCAACUUCCCUAUCAGUAUGUUUGCUCAAGUCAGGCAACAGCAUGCCGUUUAUAUCAGCGUUGGAACUUCGGCCCUACGAUGGUAUAUAUUCACCUGGCAAUCAAUCAUCGCUUGUGACCUUCAAAAGAAUCGACUUUGGAUCGACCAAAGAAUCAAGGUUUCCUGCUGAUCCGUAUGAUCGCAUAUGGACACCAGACUACAAUGCAUAUGGGACUCCGCUUAGCACUGAUCUGCCAGUGAAGGAAAUUUAUACGCCGGCAUUUGGAUUGCCAACUGCCAUUAUGCAGACCGCUGUGACCUCAUCUGCUCCCAUUACAAUCAGCUGGAGCACGAAGCCGGGUGCUCGCAUCCAUGUUUUCUUCCAUUUUGCGGAACUGAUACAGUACAAAGGAAACCAAACAAGAGACCUCACAAUCUCCAAGAAUGGAAAAAGUUGGCAAGAUGCUUUUGUUCCUAGGUAUCUUGUUCCAAACACCAUAUUCAGCAACCCACCUGAUACACUAGGAGACUAUUCAUUCUCAAUAGCUGUUGCACAGACUUCUACUCUUGGUCCAAUCAUAAACGCAAUUGAGAUCUACGAAGCACAUGAUGUCACUGGCUUGUCGACCAAUCAACAGGAUGUUGACGCAAUCACGGGAGUUAGAGAGAACUACAACCUGAAGAAAAACUGGAUCUCCGAUCCAUGCCUCCCUCAGACGUACACUUGGGAUGGAUUGGACUGUAGCUAUGAAAAUCCCUCAUCACCGAGAAUCGUUUCCUUGGAUCUCUCGUAUAGUGGUUUAAAUGGCUCCAUAACCAAUUAUUUUUAUCAAUUUGCAUCAAUUCACUCAUUGAACUUAUCCGGAAAUAACUUGGAAGGAUCAAUACCACAUUUCCUUGGAAAAAUGACUAGUUUAACAAAGCUAGAUUUAUCGGGUAAUCACUUUUCUGGCCCAAUUCCAGAUACCCUCAAACAGAGGAUGGAUGAUGGAUCACUUUCAGUAAGGAUUGACAAUAAUACCCAACUUUGCCUGGAUGAAACGUGCAAGAAGAAACACAAUGUUGUUUUGCUUUUGCUCUCCAUUUGUACUCCUACGAUAUUCAUAUUCGUUCUUGGAAUUGUUCUAGUUAUGUUUCUUAGGAGAAAGAAGAAUAUGAGACAGAACCAAGGUUCAACCUUGAGCAGCAGUAACGCAAUGACACACACACUAUUGGCAUUAGAAAGUAGCUGUUUAUUCACCUACAAUGACAUAGUGAGGAUUACCAAUAACUUUGAAAGGAUGAUCGGUAAAGGAGGAUCUGCUGAUGUAUUUUAUGGAAAACUGAUUGAUGGGAAGGAAGUGGCAGUCAAGACAUUGACCAGAACAACUGUGCAAAGGAGCAAAGAAUUUUCUGCAGAGAUUAAGUUGUUAACAAAAGUUCACCACAAGUAUUUCGUCUCUUUCUACGGAUUCUGUGAGGAAGGAGACAACAUGAUACUUGUUUAUGAAUAUAUGUCUGGAGGAAACUUGAGGGAGCUCUUAUCAGACAAUUCCAGGAGCUCAGUGGUGGUUAGCUGGAAACAAAGAUUGAAAAUUGCUCUAAGCUCUGCUAUAGGGCUGGAAUACCUGCAUUCUGGAUGCCAGCCGCCAAUCAUACACAGGGAUGUGAAGACGAGCAAUAUCCUUCUCAAUGAAAAUUCUGAAGCUAAAAUUGCAGAUUUUGGACUGUCGAAGAUCUAUGUAACCGAGGACAUUACCCAUGUGACAACUACAGUCGCUGGAACCCCCGGAUAUGUGGACCCUGAGUAUUACAACACCAACAAACUGACCGAGAAAAGUGAUGUAUAUAGCUUUGGGGUGGUCCUUCUCGAGCUCAUCACAGGCCACCGUGCCAUAUUAACGCUAGAAUCGGAACGAGUCCACAUCCUCCAAUGGGUUACCCCCAAAAUUAUGAGGGGAGAUGUUGCGAGCAUUGUCGAUCCCAGGCUCCAAGGCCAAUACGACAUUAACUCUAUAUGGAAAGUUGUAGAGGUAGCUCUGACAUGCGGUGAAGAGAAAGCAAUUGGAAGGCCUACCAUGACAGAAGUCGUGAAUGGAUUGAAGGCGGCUUUGGAGAUUGAAGAUCGAGGUUCAAUCGGAGGAGUUUCUGGCAAAAUGUCCUUUCAAGGCCAUUUUCAGUGGGACAUUGAGUCAUCUAUGUACCCAUCAGCAAGGUGAGAAGGACUUCAAUUACCAUCUUCAGGUUCUAUAGUACCGAAGGCAAUGUGGUCCGAUAAAUGGUUGUGAUUGGCAAAGCUAAAUAAUUUGGUUCAGACAAUGGAACUACCGCCCCCACUUUAAUUGACAAAAUGCUAUUGAGUAGAGCCCGCUGAGGCCGGUUUCCGUGUUUGUACAUUGCCAUUGAUUUGCAGAAAAUUAGGUUAGUCAUUUUUCAUA